AUGGGCUUGGCAGACGUUCUGCAGCACCGCCUGCGUCGAAGCAGACCAGAGGUGUCCCUUCCGGUGUUCCCGACCCAGAACACACGCACAGCCGCCCGAAAGCGGCGGAAACUGCUGCGCGAGCAGAAGGCUGCUGGCCUCGCAGUCCCCCAGAAAGUGCGGCAGGAGUCUGAUGACGAUGAAGAGGAGGGGGGUGCCCUGGACGCCGACGACAUCGGCGGGGCGUACAAGACCCUGGUAUCUCUUUUAGCAGACGAUGAUAGCGAGAGCGAUGUGGGGCCCAGCUCGCAAGAGGACGACAGCGAGGAGCCUGCAUCCGACGAGGAGCUGGACUCUGACACUGAUGCCACGAGUGAAGAGGAUCUUGCCGCCGAAGCCAGUCGUGAGAAGCUCACCAAUGGUUCGGUCGCAACAUCCAAGGGUGUUACGGCGGAAGCCCUUGAUGACGACACAGCUGAGCCAGCAGAUGCGCAGACCUCCGCCAGCGAGGACGAGAGCGAGGAUGGGGCGGCGGAGGAGUCACCAGCUCCCGACCCAGACUCGAGGACUGCGAAUGGGAAGCGGGAUGGAGGUUCUACGUUCGAGACUUUGGCUACCGACACGGUCCAGCUCCACCUUGAGAGGGUCCUGACCGAGGAUGAGGUGGCGUCGCUGGCUCCGGGGUCUCGGCCCCUGCACCCUGCCCCCAAGGCCGUGCAGUCCGAGGUCGGCCGCAUUUGGCCCGAGGCGCAGCUGCUCGCGAGCGACGACGUCCGGCUCCCGGUCUUCCCUCCCUCGACCAGCCUGGCGAGCUACGGCAUCAAGGAGCGGCUGGUGACCCGCUGGCGCACGGUGCAGGGCGCGACAGCCGGUGCCGAGCUGGCCAGCGGGUGCCAGGCGGGCCUCUUUGCCCUCCUCUCCUCCCAGGCAGACAUUCUGCACUUGGCCCGCCCCUACCCGACCUCAGCCGACCCAGCUGUGCCGGACCCGGAGCUGGACGCGAUCCUGCUGCACAUCCUGCAACACUGCGCCUCCAACGCCGACCGCAUCCGGAAGAACAAUGAGCGCCUGAAGACCAAUCCCGAGCUGGACCCUCCGCGGGAUCAAGGCUUCACACGUCCCACGGUACUGCUGCUGCUGCCCAUGCGCAACAUGGCGCUGCGGGCGGUGCAGCGCUUGGCCGAGCUGGCGCUGGCGGGGGCGCCGACAGACAGCGUGCAGCACCGCGCGCGCCUGCAGGAGGAGUUCGAGGUGGAGGAGGGUUUCGCCGCGCCGCAGGCGGCGGCGCUGGCGCGCAAGCCGCCGGAGCACCGCGCGCUCUUCUCCGGCAAUACCGACGACCACUUCCGCCUGGGCGUCCGGCUCAUGCGCGGGACGGUGAAGCUGUACGCCGACUUCCACACCGCCGACGUGAUCGUGGCCAGCCCCCUGGCGCUGGCCACCAAGCUGACCGACCCGGCAGACAGGGAGGGCGCCGACUUCCUCUCCUCCCUGGAGCUGGUGGUCAUGGACCGUGCCGACGUGGUGCUCAUGCAGAACUGGGAGCACGCCGUCACAGUCUUCAAGGCGCUGAAUGCGGCGCCCAGGCAGCAGCACGACGUGGACAUUAUGCGGGUGCGGGAGUGGCAGCUGGCGGGGCGCGCGCGGCACUACCGCCAGACCGUAGUGCUGAGCAGCCUCGCCGCGCCGGAGAUGGGGGCGCUGAUGCGGCGCUGCGCCGCCUGCCACGCAGGCGCGCUGCGCCUGGAGGCGCGGGGGGCGGGCGGGGUGCUGGCCCGUGUUCUGCCACAGCUGCGCCAGGAGUUUGAGCGCCUGCCGCGCUGCGCGCCGGCCGAGGAGCCGGACCUGCGCUUCCAGCACUUCAAGGAGUCGGUGUGGCCGCGCGUCAAGGAGAACGGGCGGGGCGGGGGGCAGCUCAUCUACGUGCCCGCCUACUUUGACUUUGUCAGGGUGCGCAACUUUUUGCGAGCUGAGGACGCCUCCCUUUUGCUCCUGUCAGAAUACACCGACAGCGGGGAUGCGGCGCGCGCCCGCGCCUACUUUAGGCAGGGCCGGCGUAAGAUCCUGCUCUACACCGAGCGAGCCCAGUUCUACAACCGGGGGAGGACACCCGGCAUCCAGGAUGCGGUGUUCUACCAGCUGCCCACCCACCCCCAGUUCUAUGAGGAGAUCUUGAACCAGGUGCAGGAGAGCGAGGCGGGCGGCCUGCCCACCAUUACCGUCCUCUUCUCUGCGCUGGACGCACUGCGUCUCGAGCGCGUCGUCGGCAGGCAACGGGCGGCACGCAUGCUGAAGCCCUCUUCAAACUCUACCUUCCUGUUCUGUUAA